ACAUUUUGAUGUGCUUUUUCACCUGCCUGCUAUCUACGCAUAUUUUUUGGAAAGUAGUUUCACCAGUUUUACUAUUUCAUAAUUAUUUGUAAUUCAAAAUUGUUCCCCUAAUCCGGAAUAGUUAGUGAAUCGUGUGUUUAAAAUAAAUAGUGAUACAACAUGACUCUUACCGACCGUGAGAAAACGAUCGCAACGACGGCAAUUGUGGCGGCCGUCGGAGCCGGAGCGCUCUACCUGUUAUUCAACCGGCGCAGGCUGGUGCGCCGUUUUACCGACCCGCUGUACAAUCAAUCGGUCCGCAUUGUUACCAAUCCGGAUGAUUGCAGGAUGGUGAUUGGGCUACUGCGGGACCAUUGUCAGGAGUUCCGGGUGCUCGGGUUCGACUGCGAAUGGGUCAACGAGCAGGGCAAGCGGCGUCCGGUGGCUCUGCUGCAGUUGGCUUCGCAUCGGGGCCUGUGCGCACUGAUCCGGCUGUGCGAAAUGCAACGUAUCCCAUCGGAGCUGGGGGACCUGCUGAAUGACCCGGCCAUAGUCAAAGUGGGCGUUGGCCCUCUGGAAGAUGCCAAACUGCUGAAGAGCGACUACAACCUGAAGGUGGAGAGUACUCUGGAUCUGCGCCACCUGGCCGAUCGCUGCGGAGUGCCGGGGCCUUACGGAAUGGCAAAACUGGCCGAGAAGACGCUUGGCGUCAAGCUGGAUAAACACUGGCGCAUCAGGGCUUCGAACUGGGAGAAUGCACAGCUCUCGGAACGGCAGAUUAAGUAUGCGGCCAGCGAUGCCCAUGUGGCGGUGGAGCUGUUUCGGACGUUCGCCAAAAAGGCUGUUCCGAGGUCUAUAUUUACCAGUCAGAAAACCUGGCUCACAACGACCAUCGGCGAGCUGGAAUGUUUCUUCGACCAGCGGUUCCACGACAGAUUCAUGGGAAGUGGCGAUCUGAACAACCGGGGUGGCAAAAAGAAGCUGCUGGACGUGUCCAAGCGGGCCAGCGUCGACGCCAAACGCACGAUGGCGACCCGGGCCAAACCGCUGUACGACAACUGUCUGAUGCAGGCGCCGGACGGCGAACUGUUGUGCACGUGCGAUCGCAAGAAAGCCGAAUGGUACGUCAUCAAGGAGCUGGCGGAUAUCGUAACCGACCAGCCGACUUACACUAUCCGGCUGAAGUUUGAACCGAAGGGCCGCGCGGUGGGGGAAGUCGGCCGGUACUACCAGAUCGCCAAGGAGAACAAAUGCGUCGUGUGCGGCGCGAAGGAAUCCUACAUCCGGAAGAAUGUGGUGCCACGGGACUAUCGGAGGCAUUUUCCUUUGAUAAUGAAGGAGCACAUCUCGCAUGACGUUCUGCUCCUUUGUGCAACUUGCCACCGCACCAGCAACAUGCACGACGAUAACAUGCGCCUCAGCUUGUCCUCACGAUGCUCCGCCCCCUUCGGUACGCAGGACAACCCGAAGCAAGUGCGCGUGGAAAACAUGUCGGACCUGAGGAAAGCAGCCCGAGCCCUGGUCUAUUGUGCGGACAAGAUUCCCGAAGAGCGCCAGAAGGGUCUCCGGAAGAAGAUCCAGAAACUGCUGCCCAAGGAUACCGAGCUGAGCGCAGAACUGCUGGAACACUACGCCAACGUCAACGUGGCCAUUCCGAACGAAGACUACUGCGCCCAUGGGGAAAAAGUGGUUGAGUACUUUAAGCAAAGUGCCGGAGGAUUGAGCGAGUUGGAGAAGAUGUGGCGAGAACACUUCCUGCAGACCAUGAAACCCAAGUAUCUGCCGGAUUUGUGGUCCGUUGAGCAUAACUAUAAGAGGUUGGAAAUCCGUGCCGAUGAAGGCCGCGUUGAUGAUGAGGACUUGCUGAUAGCUGGCGUUCCGCUUCCAUCGAACAGGAAUUCAUCAGCGGAAAACACAAGCAACAGUGACUCCACCAGCACCAAUACUCAAAGUAACGGUCACAGUGGCGACACCUAUAGUUACAGUAGCUACAGCUACAGCCAGGAACUUUCCGUUUCGUCGUUGUCCAACAAUAAUGGUAACGAUGGCCACGAUAGCACUACCAGAGACGUUUCGUCCUACCCGGAUGAAGAAGUUAUUGAAACAGACCAGACUGCCUUCUACUCCGAUCGGGAUGAGUCGGAAACGAUGUUCGGCUCGAUCGAAGGUUCCACAUCGGCUGCCAGUUCCACCACCCUCGGAAGAACGUUCCGAACAGUUCAAACAACUGCACUGCUCACCAACAACGGAAACGAUGAUAAUGAUCAACCGACAACGAGCUCCACGAAUGGUGGAGACAUCCAGAACGACGCCGACGAUGACGAUGAUGAGAGCGAACAGGCCACCGGAAAGGAGUUUGCCUCGAUCGAAACGCACAGCUACGACUCGGACGAUUCGGAUUCGACCCUGUCGCAGCCGUCGAUGACGCUGCUCAACUCGACGGACGACUGGGAUGCCGAAGCGAAUGAACCCAGUGUCAAUGGGAACGUCCCGCUGGGGGUUUCCUUCACCGACAGCAGCAACCGUCAAGGUAAGUUCGAUCAACGCAGGAUGUGAACAGUUUACGAGGAAUUUCUACCAAUACUUAACCUAAAUAUCGUGUUAAAAGUUUGUUUUUGAAAAAGCAAUUUUAUUCUAGUUAUUGCAUUCAUCGAUCCUUAAUCUAAGAAAUGCAUUUAUUACCCCCAUCAC